CCUGGGGCGGAAGUGGGGAGAGCAGCAGUUUAAAGGAUCCACUCAGCCGCCUCAACCGCCAACCAGGAGACGAAGGGAGGAAUAGAAUGAACAAUGUUUGGAUCCCAAUGACGGGAGAUGAAAGUUGCAAAAGCUCUGCCCAGGCUUCUACCAAGGAUUAACUUUCCAGGGCAUCUGCUGAACAGCUCUUCGGGGCUGUCUGCUGAGAUUGGCGGUGGGAGCCUCCCGCCUCUCACUCGUGCCUUUGUUCCCCACGCCGGCCCAACCCCGCGCCCCUGCGCUGGCGGCCACAGCACCUGACCCACGCGCCGCCCGCCUGGGAUGCUGGAGCCGCCGCGGCUGCCGCUGCUACCGCUGCCUGGCCUGCUCCGCCAGGCACAUGCGCAGUGGCGACACCGAGCCGGCGCCCUCAGUCUCCUCCUCCACCGCCUCCCGGUUCCGCAGUCACUUCCUGCAGCUGUUUCCCUGUGGGUCGGGUUGGACUGACUUUUGACAGUCAGCCUUCGGCUGCGGAGGGGGCUCGGCGGCGGCCGGCGGAGAAAGUUGCUUCGAGGAGAGGCUGGGUCGAGCUGGGCCGAGCCGGGCGCGCAGGGCGGGCGUCGCGGGCGUCCCGGGCGGACGCGGCGCCGAGACUGCCGGCGCGUCCCGGGGGUUCCGGCAUUUCACGUGGACCAGGUGGAUCAUCUGUGGGUGCCGCUGCCUUGGCCCUCUCAGUUGCCCCCGCCCGGUGGGAGUCUGGGGAUUCCAUCCUUCGUGAUGGCAUCCUUACCGGGUUGAGAUUUGAAGACCUUGCUUCUCAUCACCCACUGGAUUAUGCCCAAGGCUUUCCUACCCAAUGAUCCUCUUGCAACACACCGUGCUUCCUCCACCUAAGCAGCCCUCACUCUCGCCUCCUAUGUCAUUGGCCACCAGGUCUACAGGAACCUUGCAGCUUCCACCACAGAAGCUUUUUGGGCAGGAGGCUUCCUUGCCUCUUGCAGGGGAAGAAGAGUUAUCAAAGGAAGGGGAGCAAGACUGUGCCCUGGAGGAGCUAUGUAAGCCCCUGUACUGCAAACUCUGCAAUGUCACCUUGAACUCUGCACAGCAAGCCCAGGCUCAUUAUCAGGGUAAAAAUCAUGGUAAGAAACUCCGAAAUUACUAUGCAGCAAAUAGCUGUCCUCCUCCUGCUAGAAUGAGCAAUAUGGUCGAGCCUGCAGCUACUCCAGUUGUUCCAGUCCCUCCGCAGAUGGGCUCCUUUAAACCAGGAGGCCGAGUGAUCCUGGCCACAGAGAAUGAUUACUGUAAGCUCUGUGACGCCUCCUUCAGUUCCCCGGCUGUGGCUCAGGCUCACUAUCAAGGGAAGAAUCAUGCCAAGAGGCUGCGGCUGGCGGAAGCUCAGAGUAACUCAUUCUCGGAAUCCUCAGAGCUGGGUCAACGGCGGGCCAGGAAAGAAGGGAAUGAGUUUAAGAUGAUGCCUAACAGGAGAAAUAUGUAUACAGUACAGAAUAAUUCAGGUCCUUACUUCAAUCCCCGCUCUCGGCAGAGAAUUCCACGUGAUCUGGCCAUGUGUGUUACUCCAAGUGGCCAGUUUUACUGUUCAAUGUGUAAUGUUGGGGCUGGCGAAGAGAUGGAAUUCCGGCAGCAUUUAGAGAGCAAGCAACAUAAGAGCAAGGUGUCGGAACAGCGGUACAGGAAUGAGAUGGAAAAUCUGGGAUAUGUAUAGUGAUUAUCACAUUAAGAUAGAGCAGCUCGUUCUGCCUGUUGUUUGCCUUUUGUCAACUUGCCCUGCUUUGUGGUCUUUUUGAUAUGAGUACAUUCCUCUGCUUAAUGUUAAUACAUGUAACCCAUGGUGGUACCAUAAGAUGUCAAAACCUGGGGGUCCGGGGGCGGGGUGGGGGGAGGCGGGUGUGGAGAACGUGCUUCUCUUAGGUCAUAACGCUUUUGCAGGGUCAAUUGUGUUGAGCUGCUCAUAGCAUGUGACCUACCUACCCCAUCAGAAAUAACUUGCCCGAGUUCUGAUCAACUGGUAGCCUGACUGCUUAGAAUUUGACUAUUUAAAAGUUUCAUUUUCUUUUGCAAUUUUAGUUUUGUGUACCGUUAAAGAAUAGUAUUGAAUUCUUUUUAGAUCACAGUAAAAAUAGGUUGGCAGAGAUUUCUGUUUCCCAGGGCUUAACCAGAACGACCACCUCAAUGCAUUGUCAGUAGAAUACAUUAUUAGAAACUGUUAAGGUCUUUCCUGGGACAUUUUUUUUCUGCCAUUUUCUUUUGCAGUUGUAGUUUUAUGUACUGUUAAAGAAUUGUACCGAAUUCUUUUUAGAUCAAAGUAAAAAUAGGUCAGCAGAGAUUUCAGUUUCCCAGGGCUUAACCAGAACCGCCACCUCAAUGCAUUGUCAGUAGGAUACAUUAUUAUAAACUGUUAGGGUCUUUCCCAGGACAUUUUUUUUUCUGUAUCAUGUCUCCCCAUCAUUGAAAUGCAAGUUUUGUUGAAUUCAAAUACUCCCACUGAGCUUGUAUACUUCCAAACAGCUAAACUUGAUUUCUAGUUGUGGAUUUCAUACAUGUAUGAAAUUGCUGCCUUCUUCCCUCCUCUUUUUCCCCCCUCAUUGAAUCAGCUUGUCUAACAAGCUCAUUUUCAUGCCCCAGCUGUGCUGUGGGUUUUCCAGACCUCAUAUUUGAAUAUUCAAUGAGUUUAAGAUGGAUAUGAUUUAAAAAAAAUACGUUUGGGCGCAGUGGCUCACGCCUGUAAUUCCAACACUUU